UUUAUCUCGAGAUCAGUUGCUUUGGUUUGGACUGGGGAAAUCCUUAACACAAUUGCGUCAUAAAUACGUCAAUAAACUCAUUCACUGACGAUCAGGUACCACGAUAGCCGCCAUAUUCGCAUCCAUGGCAGGGUAACGGUGCUCUCGGCCAGCGUAUGGUCCAGUCAUCAGCAUCAACUAUUCCGCGCACCUACCCCCCGAUUCCAUCCGGAUAGCGGUCCCCAGCCACACAGCUUGGAUCUGAUCAUCAAAGCAGAAUAGCCGGACUUCCACGGAGGGGAAGGCAUGCAACGUGGAGCGGGGGUCUAGGUAGACUACGAUGCCUUAGACUUAGAGAGGGAUCCUGGCACAAGAUGGAGGUAAACAGCGUUUGUAGUGAGGUCAAUGGGCAUGAGAUCAUGGACGAGCCCAUGGAGGAGGGAGAGUCUUUCUCACACUGUGACGAAGGGACAUAUGAGGAGAUUCCGAUCACCCACCAUGUAAAAGAGGGCUGCGAGAAAGCUGAUCCAUCUCAGUUUGAACUGCUCAAAGUCCUCGGCCAGGGCUCUUUCGGCAAGGUAUUUCUCGUCAGGAAGAUCGUGGGUCCAGAUGCUGGUCAGUUAUAUGCAAUGAAAGUUCUAAAAAAGGCAUCUUUGAAAGUCAGGGACAGAGUUCGCACUAAGAUGGAAAGAGACAUUUUAGUGGAAGUCAAUCAUCCCUUCAUAGUGAAAUUGCACUACGCCUUUCAGACGGAAGGGAAACUGUAUUUAAUACUGGACUUUCUCAGGGGAGGGGAUGUAUUCACUCGCUUAUCCAAAGAGGUUAUGUUUACAGAGGAAGAUGUGAAAUUCUACCUUGCAGAGCUGGCCCUGGCCCUCAACCACCUGCACAGCCUGGGCAUAGUUUACAGAGAUCUCAAGCCAGAGAACAUCUUACUUGAUGAAGCUGGACACAUAAAGUUAACAGACUUUGGUUUGAGUAAAGAGUCUGUAGAUGUUGAUAAGAAGGCGUAUUCCUUCUGUGGUACGGUGGAGUAUAUGGCCCCUGAGGUGGUCAACAGGAGAGGACACACACAGAGUGCAGACUGGUGGUCUCUGGGAGUACUUAUGUUUGAGAUGCUAACGGGGACAUUACCGUUCCAAGGGAAAGACCGCAAUGAGACCAUGAACAUGAUUCUCAAAGCUAAGUUGGGAAUGCCCCAGUUCCUAAGUCUGGAAGCCCAGAGUUUGCUGAGAAUGCUGUUCAAACGAAACCCUUCUAACAGACUAGGGGCUGGGCCCGACGGAGUGGAGGAGAUCAAACGCCACACUUUCUUUUCCACCAUCGACUGGAAUAAACUGUACAGGAGAGAGCUCCAGCCCCCAUUCAAGCCUGCAGCGGGUAAACCCGAUGACACGUUCUGCUUUGACCCCGAGUUCACCGCUAAAACGCCUAAAGACUCCCCAGGUAUUCCUCCCAGUGCUAACGCCCACCAGCUCUUCAAAGGCUUCAGUUUUGUCGCUCCAAACCCUAUGGAUGAGAACAAGAGCUCCCCGCUGCUCAGCAUACUCCCUAUAGUGCAGAUGCACGGCGGCUCGACCAAGUUCUGUGAUCUUUACGAGCUGCAGGAGGACAUAGGGGUCGGCUCCUACUCCAUUUGUAAACGCUGUGUACACCGAGUCUCUGCCAUGGACUAUGCUGUGAAGGUAAUUAUAGACAAAAGUAAGAGGGACCCCUCUGAAGAGAUCGAGAUCCUGAUGCGAUACGGACAGCAUCCCAACAUCAUCACUCUGAAAGACGUGUAUGACGAGGGCAGGUAUGUAUACCUGGUGACGGAGCUGAUGAAGGGAGGGGAGCUGCUGGAUAAGAUCCUCAGGCAGAAGUUUUUCUCUGAGAGAGAGGCCAGUGCUGUGCUCUACACCAUCACCAAGACUGUUGACUACCUCCACUGCCAAGGGGUGGUACACCGAGACCUGAAGCCCAGUAACAUCCUAUACAUGGAUGACUCGGGAAAUCCCGACUCCAUCAGGAUCUGUGACUUUGGAUUCGCCAAGCAGCUUCGGGGAGGCAACGGCCUGCUGCUCACCCCCUGUUACACCGCCAACUUUGUGGCACCAGAGGUACUAAUGCGCCAAGGUUAUGAUGCAGCCUGUGAUAUAUGGAGUCUUGGAGUUCUACUGUAUACCAUGCUAGCAGGGUACACGCCGUUUGCUAACGGGCCAAACGACACACCAGAAGAGAUUCUUCUCCGGAUAGGAUCUGGAAAGUUCUCUUUGACAGGUGGCAACUGGGAUACUGUAUCAGACACCUCCAAGGACUUGCUGUCCCAUAUGCUCCAUGUGGACCCUCACCAGCGAUACACCGCGGCGCAGGUUCUCAAGCAUUCCUGGAUCACCUGCAGAGAUACGCUACCACACUACCAGCUCACACGCCAUGACGCACCGCACCUCGUCAAGGGAGCCAUGGCUGCCACCUAUUCAGCGCUGAGCCAGAAGACGAGUCAGCCGGUGCUGGAGCCCGUGGCAGCGUCCAGUCUAGCCCAGAGACGCAGCAUGAAGAAACUCACCUCAACAGACAUGUAGACACAACCACCGCUCGCCCUCCAGUGUUGAACACACACACACACACACACACACACACACACAGACCGAAGUCCUGGCCAGUCAGACCUACUGUCUCCCUUUUUAUCUAUUUAUUUGACUCACCCAACAUAUGCACUCUCACACUGGACGAGGUUGCAUUGUGAAGAAGUCAGCUGAAGAAGAAGAGGGGGAACUCACAUAUCAGUUACUGCUGGGGAGACAGACUUGUAUUUAUUUCCACAGCUUUCAUAUGCACUUGCCCUCCUCGCCUUUCAUUCUCUCUUCCCGCGUGUGGGGAAGAGAAACACACCAGCUGAUGUUUUCCUUCACUGUGAUUGGCUGAUUCAAAGCUGCUUCGGUAAACUGUGCCCCCCCCCCCCCCUACACACACACACACGCACACACUUCUCUUCAUCUGCGCUCUGCCAUCCUCCUCAGUUCUCUCUCCUUCCCUUGUUGGCUUUUGCUGUCUUAACUUCUUUUCUUUAAAGUGAGGUAAUGGGUUUAUGUGCACGAGUGUUGGCAGGAUGAUAAUGACUGAGGGACAUUAAAAUUGAUUAUAUUAUUAGAUAUGAUUCUGCUUGUGGCGGAUAAAAAAAAAAGUCCAUCUGGAUCAAAAUCAUCUGCCAACACUUUUGUUACAUAAAUGCGUGUGUGGACAGAACCUGUAUUUCUUUUUCCCUUAAGAUGCACCGUCUGUGUGAUGCUAACAAUGUAUCAAAAGAGGAAGAAUAAGCUGCAGAUGGACAAAAGAUAAGUUCGAAGGUGGAACAAUGUGUUCACAAUGACAGAAAUUCUAGUUUGCA